CCAUAUGCCUGGCAGCGCAGGCCAUCAUGCUGGGGCUGGCAGACGUGGUGGUGGCAGGCGGCAUGGAGAGCAUGAGCAACGCGCCUUACUACCUCAAUAAGGCCAGGAGUGGGUACCGGUUCGGGCAUGGGGAGAUGGUGGACGGGGUGCAGAGGGACGGGCUCAGCGACGCGUAUUCAGAGGACCCCAUGGGGUGUUUCGCAGAGCAGUGUGCGGAGGAGCAGGGCAUAGCGCGGGAGCAGCAGGACGAGCAUGCCACGGCUACACACGAGAGGGCUGCUGCUGCCAAUGCUGAUGGCGCUUUUGACUGGGAAAUCGUGCCUGUGGAGGUGAAGGCAUCAAAGGGAAAGCAGACGAUUCUUGUUGAAAGGGACGAACCAUGCGCCAAGUUUGACGCCAACAAGCUUCGCUUGCUGCGCCCUUGCUUCAAGGAGAACGGCACCGUCACAGCUGGCAACGCCUCAGCCAUCAGCGAUGGGGCAGCAGCAGUGGUGUUGGCAAGCCGGCAGGCGGCCAGGCAGCACGGGCUGAACGUGUUAGCAGUGCUGCGAGGCUUUGGGGACGCGGAGCAAGCACCCAGCCGCUUCACCACAGCGCCCGCCCUCGCAGUGCCUGUGGCUCUCAAGCAUGCGGGGGUGGAACAAAGCGAUGUGGAUUACUGGGAGAUCAACGAAGCCUUCUCAGUGGUGGCUCUGGCGAAUCAGAAGCUGCUGGGUAUUCCCGAGGGGCGUCUGAACGUGCAUGGGGGGGCGGUGGCGCUGGGGCAUCCCCUGGGGAGCAGUGGGGCUCGCAUUGUGGUCACGCUGCUGGGCGUGCUGAGGAAGCAUGAGGGGCGCCUGGGAGUGGCUGCUGUGUGCAAUGGCGGUGGCGGCGCUUCCGCAUUGGUUGUCCAAGCCGAGUCUCUGGACUCAUCCACAUGCCAUGCUCACUUGUAG